CAGCUUUUAAAUAAACUCUAAAGCGGUCCAACGUUCAGGUUGCACCGUGAAGUUUAACGUGAAGUUCUGAACGCUCCUCCCUGAGAAGAGCGGAUACGUGAUUAUGCGUAACAGUAAAGGAUGUGGUCUGCUGUGAGAUGAGGAAGAAGGUGAGGAGGAAGGAGUACGCCAAACUUUAAACCAGCUCGACGCAAAACUGCUCGGUGGCUGGCCGAACGGAGGAGACCUUCACAGCUGGAUCAUUUCUCACUUUGAGAGCGGAGCCUUUAAUUUCUGUGAAGAUGCACUGAGAGGAGGAAGAAGAUGGAAGUGGAGGAGACUGGUGAAAUGAGGACUUCCUGGUCAGUGUCAGGAGACACUCACUCUGUCCUCUGUGACCAUGCUGGGAAGAAGCGAAAACAAGACCUGAUUCCUGAACCAGUCAUCAGAAUCAUAGAGGAUGAGGAGGAAGAGGAAGAAGCGGAAAUUAUGUCUGAUCACAAGGAUUCAGAGGAGCCCAGAAACAAAAAGGUCAAACCUGUGGUAAAGUCCAACAGCCUGACAGGUGUCAUAACGCCAAUGAAGACUGCUGCUCUUAAACGCAUCGGGCAGUCUAUUUCGCGCUCCAUCAGCUUUCGCACCGAUGCCCGACCUUUGCCCCCUGGGCCCCUGCGCGCUCGCCCCAAAGCCUCGUCGUUUCCACGUCGGCGCAACAGCCAGUGUUGGAGCGACACUGUAGAGAGCCAUGACCUGACUGCAAAAGAGAUCAAACGCCAAGAGGUGAUCUAUGAGCUGACGCAGGGAGAGAGGCAACUCAUAGAAGACCUCAGUUUGGUCAAGAAGGUGUACUACGAGCCCAUGUUGAAGUUGGAUAUAUUGACAGAAAGUGAACUCGGACAAAUCUUUGGGACUUUAGACUCCCUGAUUCCACUGCAUGAGGAUCUUUUGGCUCGUCUUGAGCGGCUGAGGGGCUCAGAGAAGACGGUGGGCGAAGUGGGGCCGACUCUGCUGAACUGGUUCCCCUGCCUGGAAGCCUACGUCACAUACUGCUGCAACCAGGUGGGAGCCAAAGCUCUGCUGGACCAGAAGAAGCAGGACAAAAGAGUCGAUCAUUUCCUGCGCCUGUGUCAGGAGUCUUCGUUCAGUAGGAAAUUGGACUUGUGGAACUUCCUGGACCUUCCCAGAAGCCGCCUGGUCAAAUACCCACUGCUGUUGAAGGAGAUACAGAAGUGCACGCCUCCAGACCACCCAGAUGAGGACACGCUGCCCGAUGCUCUGGAGCUGAUUCAGAGCGUCGUGGCCGAGGUGAACAAAAAGACGGGGGAGGCCGAGUGUCAGUUCUACCGGCGGGGGCUGAUAUACCUCGAAGAGAGCCAGAGAAUACCUGAGAUCCAUCAGUCCCGCUUCCUCUACUGCCACGGAGAGCUCAAGACCAACAAGGGGCAGAAGCUGCAUGUCUUCCUGUUUGAACUGGCGCUGGUGCUGACCAGACCAGGGGAUGACAGAGACGUUAGAGGACAAAUGUUCAACGUGUACCGGCAGCCUCUGCCCAACACGUUGAUCAAUUUAGAGGAGAUCCCAGACAGUGAGGCUGGAGGAGGAGGGGCCUUCAGAGGAGCAUUCACCGGAGGAAACGACAAAGUGAAGAACUGUUUCCGUGUGAGCAGCAGAGGGCGCUCCAAAGUCAACCCUUACUGCUUGCAGGCCAACGACUCGUUCAGCAAGCAGCAGUGGAUCACCUGCCUGCGCCAGGCCAUCGUCCAGUCAAGGGACAGGACCGCUCACACCAGCCAGUCGCCGCUCUCGCUGCCCCUUGACCCCGCGCUGUGUCACAUAGCGGAUCUCAGCCUCAGCUCGGACACGGACAUGGCAGACCACACCUGUCGCUGACUCGUGGACCGUUCGCCCGGACGCCCCUCUGGAGAGCGAAAGAAACCAAACCAGAUGGACUAUUUUAUGAACAGUUUUAAUUAAAGACUCAGAUAAUUGCAACAAAAAAAAAAUAAAUAAAAAAGUUUCUCUAUUUGUUUUUCUUUAUUUUUGUGAUUGUCAUAGUGUGCUGACUGUGAACAGUGUUCCUGUUGCUGAAUGUGAAUGUAAAAUGGCAACAAAAUGUUUAACCGCCUGUAUUUUAAUAAAAACUGACAGUUAUAAAAGCUCA